UGUGACUAAUGGCGACGUUUGACAAGUCAAACCUGUUCUCUUGCCACUAGAAAUGGAAAAAGUGCAAGUAAAAAGGCGCUCCAAAAAGGUCCGAAAAAAAUCUGAGGAGGCUGAAGAAAUUGGGGAACCCUCGGAGCCGAACUUUGAGCCAAUUUUAUCUCCUGAGAUAGCAGCACUGCUCAAAAAUGAAGUUGAAUCUUUUGAAGAAAAUGCUGCAGAGUCUUCGUGUGAGCAGAGCACAAAUUCCACAGAGCCAGCUGCCCUCGUUGAAGCUGUGGAAGAGAUCAGCAAAAAUGACCUUCUCGAGUCGAGUGAAGAGCAAACUGCACCUGAGGAGGAGGCAGAGUUGACCAAUUUCCACGACCUAUCCCUCAGCACGGAGGAAAUAAAGACCUUGGAGAUGAACGUCACAGCCAGUCCAACGGCCCCCGCACAACUCUACCCCUUCCUCCCUGUGGAAGAUCUUCUGCCCGAGCCAACAGCACCCGAGGCCCCACCAGAACCUUUUUUGAAUGAGGAGCUGCUGCGAGAAGUCACGCCAAUGAACGACGCCCAGCUGUCCACGCUGUACCACAAUUACGAAGUUGCCAUGACCAAGGAGUUUGUCUCCGAGUUUUACGAAACCCAAAAGGGGCUCCAGUCCCAUCCUCUCUACGAACUUCUUUCUUCGUACCUUCGGGCCAGGACAAAACUGCUCAGCGGACAAAUGGAACUUGAUCAGAUGACAAACGAGGCUAGAGCGAAACAGGACAGUAUUUGGACACCGGGGGAGACGGUGGUCCGCGAAUCAGGAAAGUGCCUGGACGGAAAUAACGUUUUUGUUUCGCACACCUACCCCACAGCCGAGAUGAGUCAAGAGGGUUUGAAUGCUUUGGGGAGGAGUUUGUCUUCAAUCAGGAGCGUCUUGAAUGAAAAUAUCAGUUUGCACGCUUACAGGGCUGAGGUCCUUCGGCUGCAGAUUGAGCAACUGCUGCAAGAAACGUUGAUCCUCUAUGCAAAUGUGCCACAAAAUUCGCCAGUGCAGCUGCUGCCGCCAAGACCCCCAGCAACAGCCUUGUGGGAUGCACUUUCCGUCCUCUUCCUCUUCAGCCGCAAACAAACCAAGGACGCCGUUUUCAUGAAAAACUGUAGGGAUUGGAUUUUGAGACUCGGCGCCACUCUGCUCAGAGUUGCUACGGCCAAGGACCACAUUUUUCUGCUCUUGCACGUCUUGUUCAACCCCCCAGGAGUGACCCAGUGGGCAACUCCUCUAAUUCAGGUUCCUUUGAAAAACAUAAUCGAGUCUUAUCCGAGCACAAAUUCAGCCCUGCUGGACCAUGCAGUGGCUGUGCUGGCAGUUCUUAUGGAGCCACCAGUCAAGAUCGAGAAAUGCCAAGAGGACCCUUGUUGGGUUCUUGUUGACGAGGAUGGAGAGGAGGAGGUGCAGAGUGGCCUGGCGGAGAACGACCUCGUUGCUCUUUUGAACCAAGUUCCAAUUGAUGGAAUCUUCCGACACGUCCUCGGCAUUCAAAGAAAGGACGGCGUGGAAAUUUAUUUCCCAGAAAGCGCCUCGGAAAGUAGUUUGCUCCGCCUCAUGGCAUUUGCUUCCUCCCUAGUCCUGCUGCUGGGAAAAGGUCUCAAAACCUACGACUCGCAGAGAUACAGACAGUUUGCAAAAAGACUCAGCCGCCUGGUCAGACACACAGUUCAAUAUGUGUCCGACGUAUGGGAAAUUUUCAGAGUUGGCGCCAGUCAAAGAGGCCACAAUCCAAACAUCUUGGCGCGGCUGCAGGUUGAAUAUGAUAAUCUGCUUCUGCGAGCUACCCAGUGCAUAUUUUCAUCUCAAAGGUUGGGAGCCUGGCAAUUUUUGGCCAUCAUCCCCUACAAUGUUGCUUCUUGUCAAGUCCUCUGGCAGCUUUUCCACCUUCUUCACCAUGAGUAUCAGCAAGAAAUGACCUGGUCAAACUACCACAUAGACUGGAAGAAGGAAAUGUCUAUUCUAAAUGAGGAGUUUGAGUCAAAACUGAGUUCCAUGCCGGAGGCAGAGGUUUAUUUUCUCCUCAACACAUUUGCCAAUAUGGCGAUGGCGCGAGGACCUGAAGACGCAGACUUUGUUCUCACCAUCACCCUCGACUUGUUCAGGGUCGGGUUUGUCAGUGAGAAAACUCAGGAAUUGUGCAGCAAGACGUGCCGGAGUUUACUCUCGAAUUUGGUCAACAAACACCCCUAUCUGAUGUCACCAAUUUUGGUAGCCCUGAGAGAAAAUAUGGAUAAAAUUGGACCACUGAGUUUGUACCUUGUGAAAGAAUUGCCUCUGAAAUUGUGGAGUCCUGCCGACGCUGACAUGAACAUUCUUUCCGAGUGGAUAAUUUGCAACCCGAACAUGCUGCAAAGUUCUGUGGCUCGUUCCAUACUUGGGUCACUUGACUGGAACUCGCUCGAGUGGCAAGUGCAACUUCAGGUCGCCACCUUUGUUGUUGAUGCCUGUUUGCGCCAUGCUCCAGAAAAAUCUGGGCCUGCCAGCCCCGGAACUGUGGCAGAAGGAGUUUCUUCUUUGGCUGCCAUGGUUCGCAGUCAAUCAUCUCCAGAGCAAUGUUUAACCUCCUGGGCUUGGGGAAUGAUCUCUCGCCUUCGUCUGCAUGCAAAUGACAGCAGAAAUCGACAGGUGGACGUGCUGAGCAUGGUCUGCGAUUUGGAAGACCAAGAAAUUCUGCACAAAGGGGUCAAGGAUAAGGAGCCCAUUGCCUGUUUUGUUGCUCUGCUUGCCACCUCUUGGGGCCACAGCAUUCCUCUAGUUUGUUCCAAAGGAUUUCUGCUCCUCUCAACAUUGCUCUCUCACGGAAAAUACGACGCCGUCUGCGAAUGCCUCCACUUCAUUCUGCCACUUUUCAUGCCCUGCGCAGACUCGCUCACCAGCAACAAAGAUUUUGCCAGCGUAUUCCUCCUGUUGAUCACUGCAGAUCGUGGUUAUGUGAAGAUGGCCAAAAAUUUGAUCAUGACUGACUCACUUGGCCCUGUUUUGAAGCAAGUUGCAAACAUGAUCCAAGCCCAGUUCCUAAAUUACAAAAAUUAUCACUUGGAAUCUCCACAUGCCUUGACUGAGUUGUGGCUGUCCCUUUUGCUGAGCUUACCAGACUGGAACAGAGACCCUUCGAUCAUUCAUUUGCUCGACAUUGUUCUCCGAGAGUCGUUUUCUCACCACUAUUCCAAAGAAGUGGCGAAAAAUAAAUUUAGAGAUUUAUUCCGUCAGGGCAUCUCCAAACAAGGAAAUGCUCUUUCAUCAAUUAUGAGUUGGGUAUCAAUGAAUUCGGGAAUAAGUUCGCUGUUGGGAAAAAUUUCUUGUUCGGAGGCACCUUGGCUUGCUCUUUAUGUGAUUGAAGUUGAGCAGGAGGAAAAUGAAUUGAAGAAUGGACUCUGGAAGCAAUUCUUACUAGAGCUUGCUGACAUGAACAAAAGUAAUCUCGAUCAAGCCAUGAAGAAAGCUGCAAACACUUUAAAAGUGGCUCCUGUGCCAAUUUCGUACUUGGGACUUUACAGAUGGGCUCAGCAAGCACUUGAUUCCUCACUUGACCACCCUUUGUUGCCAAUUUUUUGGCAGAAGUUUUUCACCCUCUUCCUGACGAGGGUUCCUCAAUCUGAAAAUAGCGGAGCAGACAGAGGAUCAAUGGGCCUCAAAUUUUUUGAGGGAAUAAUAAAUGCAAGUUAUCUGAAAAGACUGAAAAGAAGACUAGUUGAUGCUGCCGAGUUUUAUGAGACGAGAGCAACUGACCCAGGUUUCACUGGUGAAGGUGCAGAGGAGGAAGGUGGGGAAAGAAGACUUAUGCAUGGACAGACAGCAAGACUGCUUAGGACGUUCAGCCUCUGGUUGGAGGAAACACGGCUACACGAUCAAAACCUUUACCUGCCUGCAUUACCUUUACAAUAUGAUCCGAACAGACUUGGAAGACUUCUCGUUGGAGACCAGAAUCCUUGGUUGGAAUUCUUAGAUGUUGAGGAUUUGCAAGAAAAACAAAGAGAAGCGCUCACAAAUUGGAAAAUUCAGCACUUUAGAAGUUGCGAUUACAAAGUGCCUCGUAACAAGAGUGAGGACCAAACUACAGCUCUCUCGAGAAUGCUGAGUCGCCUUCAAGCGUACGACCACCCUGUUGCCGCUCCGCAGCUGUUGUUUUUCAAAAAUACAAUCCCUUUCCUUCCAAGGGAAGAGCUUCUGAGUCCAGCUGUAACUCUUUCAAAUCUAGAGCACAACUUUGAAGCUCUCUUGGAAUUUGCGCAAGUUCAUGCUUUGCACACUUCUGAACUUGCUGCCUUGGACUGCACCCUGCUGGAGUUCAUCCCCUCAUUUUACAAAGAGACUGAAGUAAAAGUACCACUGAGGAAAUCGUGCGACCUCUCGGCAAGAAAAAAGUCCAACGCCAAAGAGUGUUCUGGCGCUUUCAGAAUCACAAUACAGGUUCGAGAGUCAAGAGUAAAUUCCAGCACAAAGCACCAGAUAAGUCAAAAUCGAAAAGAACACUCAAAUUUGAUAGCACGAAGUUUGCAACCGCCACCGCAGAAAGUUUGCCUCUCGGCUGUUUACGCAGAAAACUUGAUCAACAAAUUAAUCAUGGAGCCUGGAGUUAAGGACACGGGCGUUGCCGUCUUCUACUAUUUGGUUGCCAGACACACAGAGGAAAUCUCCUUCUACCCACCGACCAAACAACUGCUCUCGUGUUGUCUGGAACUCUUGGGCCAAAAUUUUAUCAGUAAAGAUGAAAGAGAGUGCGAGAAAUUGUUAAAAACAAUUUUGGCGUCGCCCCAUCUCACUGGACUCCUCAGUCCGCACUUUUCUCCUCAUUUAGCUCCAACACCCUCAUUCCUGAAUAUGUACUCGAAAGUUGUUGCCGCCUCAAAUCCAGACGUGUGCUUUGCCAUUCUUUCCAAGUUUGAUGUGCAACAGUGGCUGACGAGGAGCAGACCUAGGCUGAAAGAGCGCUCCCAAUUUAUCCAAUCUCUCGGACAGGCGUUUAUAAUAUCAGGGAAGGAGCCACCCGACGGAAGGCUAAUCUUGCAUGAGAGUUACUUGAGGCACUUGCGAGCAAUUCUACUCCAUGACUUUCCUGAGCAUUACGGUGAAAUCCUAAAUAUGGCUUUGAAAUUGUCCGAGGCUCAGACUCUCUCGCUGGACAUUUGGUGGGCCAUCCUUGAUUCGCUCACUCCAAACGACCAACAACGUAUCCGACAUGGAAAUGGCCUUCGUGACCAGCUGAGAUUUUACGCAACCCAGCAAAGACUUCUGGGAUUGAACGAGAUCCGUGAAACGGCUGCCCUGCUUGCCUCUUAUUUCAUGAAAGAGCGUCUUCAGUUUGGACUCCACGGCGUGUAUCCAAAGUACCGAUUUUAUAUCGAGCCCCUGAGUGUGUUCUUGUCCAUGAUUGGACACGCUUUGGUGAUCGGUACCUUGCACCAAGGACGUGGCGCCCUCGGGGACUCCCUUGCGGAACAACUUUGGCCCGUCCUCAACGAUCUCUUCUCUCCUUGGAUUUUGCCCUUCACUGGCCAGCGCCACCAGACAGCUGCGUGGAUUCAGCAAUUGACGGACGACAGGACCGUCCUGUUGCCUUGGACGGCUCAAGACGCGUCCUUCGCCAAGAUCAUGUGUGACGCCUUUGUUGGAAUUUUGAGUUUCCUGCUUGACACGCUUCCUGCGUCGACCAACUCUCUCUGCUUUGUCUUUCAAUUUUACGCCAUCCACUUCACCCACCCUGCCGAGCACGUCCUCUCCACCAUCCAUCAUAGCUUCCUGGCGCUGCCCUGGGAUAGAUUUUGGCCCAGGGCCAUCGAUAUGGAGGCCAUGAUCAGACUGUCUGAACAGUAUUUGCCACACAACCACCCAUUUUUGGGCGCAAUAUUUAUACAAGUGCCGUGGGUCAUGUGGAUCCAGAAGUUCCCCAACGAGAGAAACCACCUGAGUCUGAUGGGCCUGCUUGUGAAGUUGUCCUCCGAGCCAAGUGUCAAGCAAAACCCUCGAGUUGUGGCCCUGAUCUGUGAAUGCAAACAGCAGCUAUCGUGGCACUUGGUCGACUCGAGUAGUUUUGACCAAGUUCUGAAUUGGUUCGUCAUGAGCUCGGAUCCGAGAGUAGUUUUGCCAGACCACCCUGAGCUUCACCCAGUGGACGUAGCAGUUUUCGAACUACUUGAAGAAAUCGCAGGCUUCACUCCCUCUUCAAAACAUUUCCACUCGACCACAGUGAGGAAAAGACUGGCCUUUGUGCGGGCCUGCUCGAAACUGCUCGUUUCCUGCUCGACGCGUUUCAAAGCGCUUAUUUCCAAAAACCCUGCCACGUUUGUGAAGGCUUUCUCGAAGCUGCUGAAUCAAAUCGAAAAGAUAGUUUUCCAAACUGUUCCUCCUGCACAGCAAAUAUCUGAAAGCGCACUUCUUUUGGGAGAGCUCCUGAGUGGAUCCAUGACAACUUCUCCCUUAAACGAAAUAUUGGUUUGCGGACUCCAAGAAUGGCUGACAAGCCACACAGGUGGAAGUGUGGUGGUUUUGGGUCUUCUGAAAGCUUUGAGCGUCAGUGUGACUGAACAGAAGGCACUGGGUUCGACGAUUGAGGCAACUUUGGAGUCAUUUUUCAGAGACCCAUCAGUGCCAAACACGUCUUGGUCACGAGCAGUCUCAAUUCUGCAGCCUGCAGUUCCUCUCCAAGCAGGAAAAGAACCUCUGGAGCACUUGCUGGUCAAAGAAGGCCAGCUCUUGAGUCUCUACGCCUUUCUCCUCAAACAAGGGCUGCCAGAUCACACGUUUGCAGACAUUCUCGACUGGCUGGCCGUCGUCAAAGUUUCCGAAGAAUCGGAACAGAAAAUUCCUCUCCUAUGGAACGCUGUUUUGCAACUGAUUCGAAAAGGAGCAAAGUCUGAAAAUGUUCCCUCCCAGUUCAUGCAGAAAAUCAACAAAUUCUCCCAACACCUGACCGUCGUUGGAGAAGACAAGGGCUGGAAUUUGCUGGGUGCGAUUGGGCUGCGGAAGCAAAGUCGGGCUUCAGUGAGGAUGCGGAUUUUGGCUAGGGUCACAGCAGCUUUAGUUCUGGCCCAGUUCUACAAGUGCGGAGAGGAAUUCAAGAGUCGCCUGAUCUCAGAAGCUCCUGGCGCCCUGGGAAACCUCAGCUCGUCAUCCACGCGCUUACAAGACGAAAACUCAAUCAGUCCAACCGACCAGACGCUGCAAGCAAUCGCUGCUCUCGAGUCAAUGGCACAAGCAAAGCUGAAUCCACCAGAGUUGAAAGAAGUCGUCGAAUUUUCCAUUAGGAAAAUAAGGGAUCAAAACACCAGCCUUGACAAUAUUGAAUCUGUCUACGCUGAGAUAGCGCAACAGCUAUACAAAAGCUUAAUGUUGUGAUAUGAUUAUACUUAAAUGAUAAAUAUUAUAUGUUAUGACGACAAACUGAUAAAAUACGAAAAUUAAGUUAUUGAACAUUUCCUAUUAUUGAUCAAUAAAAACGUCAGAGAUUACUUGGUUGAA